CUCGCACCGUUCUGACGUUCGCGCACGACCGCACCCGAGCGCGCCCGACCCUUCCCGAACGCGGCAACCCCCGUCCUACCGCUUCGUGUGCCGUGCGGCGGAUGCGGCGACGGGCGGUGUGCGCAUGUGCGCCCAAGUGACACUGGCGGGGGCCGCCUCGGCUUCCAGCCAACGAGCUUCGCCCUGUCCUCCCGACUGCCAUUCGCGCUCAGUACUCCUCCAAGUGAAGACGUGCUCCCGCAACCAACAAACUUCGCCGGGAUCGCGGCACUGGACUUGGAUGCGCGUUUCAAAGACAAUUAAUGUACAGUGAUCUUGUGAACUAAACUAUGAAGACUAGUCUGUCAGAUACUUUUCCUUAGUUUUCCUCCUUCUUUAGUGAAAAACAAUGUAGUGACGUAAGCAUGUAAACGGACUAAUAUGAACCGAUUCUUUAGGUCGUAAGUUAGUUUUAUGUAGCCAGUAGUGAGUGUAAUCGUUAGGCUAGUUUUUUUCCUUAACUUAUUAGUGUUAAAAUAGGAUUCACAUUGUGAAAAAUUAAGUGUAGUUUUAAUUAAAAGUGAAAGUGACGCUUAGUUAAUUCAAUAGUGUUAAAUUUAGUGUUGAGUAGGAAACGAAUCGGUGUUCGAAUCGAAGCGGGAGGGACGCAUAAUGCAUUCGUUUAUCGUGUUUGUUUCUGAAGAAGUUUGUUGAACUUUUGGUUGCUGUUGGUUGACAACCAUAAAGAUGUCUUUGCCGAUCAAGAGAUCCCUCAGCUCUGAGGGCGGCGCCACUUCCAAACGGGACUGGAAGAUGCGCCUUAGCCUGAGGAGCCGCAGCGGGCACAGUGUGGAUGCGCUACGAGGCCGCCGCUGCGCGUCGCUACGGUCCGCUGCUACGCCGGUCCGCCCCGCCGAUGACUCCGGGCGGAGCACGCCGUCAGCCGCGCCCCGCGCCUCACCGUCCCCCGCUGACACGCCUGCCCCCAAGAAGUCCAACUGGGAAGUAAUUGAGCACUUCUCAAACCGAGCCAAGAAGAGUCCGACGACUCAUCCUGCUUUGCUGCCAUCAACGAGUCCCGCGGUCAGAGAGUCCGAACAGGGACAGAAUCCAAACGAACGCGCACUAGCACUUACAGAGACGAAUGUCGGCGAGGAGGCCGAAGGUGCGCCGCCUCCCCCCCCUAUACUACCGUUGUGUCCGGCUGGCAAGCCGGAUGCAGAUGUGCUGCCGCUCCUCAACGAAGAGGGUGUGGAGGGCGGCAGCGGACCUGGCGAUGAGGACGAGGAGGAGGAUGACUCCGACUGCAUAGUUCAGUGCGUUGACAACAUGCCUCCACCAUUUCGCAACCUCUGCGGAUCCCACAGAUUUUUCAAUCUCAAUGUGGAGAUGCUCUACCAGAGGUAUUUCCUCCGGAUGAACCAGACGAACAUGACACACCUCCUUGGACUACUCCUGGGGGUGUCAGCUAUCAUGAUACUGGUGCAAUCGAGGAGCUUGUUCAUAGCGAACGAUUUCCUUAGCGCUUUGCUGUCAACAUACCACAACUUAACCACCAGCCCCACUACGAACUUUUCGGAUUACGAGGCCCUGUUCAAAUAUUCUCCGGAUAUGCAGGCCUUCAAUUUCUCUGACUCUCCGGAAUUCCUAUUGAAAAAUAUGACUGAUGCUAUCAAGAUCCAAUACUACGAGAAGGAGAAGCUCGCCCACAUUGUCAACAUCGUCACCUUGGGCCUCGCCUCGGUCACUUAUGGAUGCCUCCUGGCAUGCCUGAGCCGACCGGCGAUGAACGAGAUCUACCUCCUGAUCAUCUCGUAUGUUGUACUUGUGACGUUCGUUCUGAUUGAGAUUUCUUUUGCGGCAGCGGCUGUGCUGAGGGGGCUUGACAUGAGCACGGGCACAUGCGCGCUUUUCACGUACAUUGUGUACGCGACGCUGCCCCUACGCCUCCAUGAGGCCUCCCUCGGUGGAUUUGCCCUAGCCGCCAUCAAUAUUGGAGCCCGUAUCUUCAUGGGAAGGAUCUCUGCCCUUGAGCUCAUCUCCGUAAUCAGUACCCUGGUGGCCUGCAACCUGGCAGGCAUCAUGACCCACCACCCCCGCGAGCUGGCCCAGCGCCGGGCCUUCCUCGAGACCCGGGACUGUGUUGAGGCCCGACUGGUCACGCAGAGGGAGAACCAGCAACAGGAGCGCCUCCUGCUGUCGGUUCUUCCCCGCCACGUGGCCAUGGAGAUGAAGGCCGACAUUGCCAGCCAGCCACGACAGGAGCAAUUCCACAAGAUCUACAUCCAGCGCUAUGAGAAUGUCAGCAUCCUCUUCGCCGACAUUUGCGGAUUCACCUCCCUAUCGGACCAAUGCACGGCUGAGGAGCUGGUGCGCCUGCUGAACGAGCUCUUCGCACGAUUCGACCGCCUUGCCGCGGAGCACCACUGCCUAAGGAUCAAGCUACUCGGCGACUGCUACUACUGCGUAUCUGGACUCCCGGAGGCCCGCGAUGACCAUGCCAAGUGCUGCGUCGAGAUGGGACUGGACAUGAUUGAUGCCAUUGCCCUCGUCCGCGAGGUAAUGGCCGUUAACGUGAACAUGCGCGUGGGCAUCCACACCGGCCGCGUGCACUGCGUGGUCCUCGGCCUGCGCAAGUGGCAGUUCGAUGUAUGGUCCAAUGACGUCACCCUCGCCAACUACAUGGAGAGUGGAGGCGUUGCUGGACGCGUCCACAUCACGAAGGAAACCCUGGCAUGCCUCGGCGACGACUACAAGGUGGAACCCGGCAAUGGUGGCCAACGCAACGCAUACCUGAAGGACCAUAACAUUGAGACCUACCUGAUUGUACCUGAUAAUACCAGCCGUGUCGACAAGAAACCGCAGCACAGCUUCUCAAUCAACGGAAAUGUCUCCAAGGAGAUGCGGGUAAUGGGACAUGGCUCACAGCAUGGCAAGAACUCAUCUAACAGGAUCGGGGUGGACUCAGCCAGCGAGAACAAGAAGCCAGAGGAUGAAGUGAACGAGUACCUGAUGAAGGCCAUCGAUGCUCGCUCCAUCGACCGCCUGCGCGCCGAGCACUGUCGACCGUUCACGCUCACCUUCAGAGACCGCAAGUUGGAGGGAAAGUACACCAUCGAAAGAGACAGAAUGCUGAAGGUGUACUUCAUCUGCACUCUGAUGAUUUUCGUUGCCGUGUCCUUGGUUCAGAUGCUCUCCUUCAACAUGACUGCUGCUGGAUUCAUCACGAUUGCUGCGUGCGGCCUGAUCAUCUCGUCUACCUGCUACAUCGUAUUUUGCAUUGACUUUAAGCACACCACGCCCCGGCUGAAGCGCUGCGCGGUGCGGAUCCACAACAACCGCACUCUUGCGCAGGUGCUGUCGUUCAUUGUCGUCACCGCUUUCAUUGUCCAAAUCCAAGUCAUCAUGGUGCUGGGCUUGUAUAGCGGUGCCCAAAUGGACCCAGAAUUCAUUCAGCAAUUAAUGGAAUUCGAUGGGUUCUGCCCAUUCAGCAUGAACGAGCACUACCUACAACUGACGCUGCUGGUGAUGUUCCUGUGUGCUGUACACCAAAUUCUGAUCACAAUGAUGAAGACGCUCCUCCUGGUCAUCAUCUCAACCACGUACAUUCUGGUGACCACGCAGGAGCACUUGUAUCUCACCCACUUCUUCCUCGAGCCGCAGCAAAAAUGCGGACUGGAUUGGAAUCAGCAGUGGAUGAACAUCGUCAUUGCGGUUGGUGCUACUGUUGCUCUGAUCCUGCACUCACAGCAAACUGAGAGCACCUACAGAUUGGACUUCAUCUGGAAACUACAGGCUAACGAUGAGAAGGAGGAGAUGGAACAUCUAGAGGCAUAUAAUCGCAAACUGCUCGCUAAUAUCCUGCCAGAGCACGUCGCGCAACACUUCCUCUGCAGCGACAAGAAUAUCGAUGAGCUGUACCACGAGCAAUGCGAAUCGGUUUGCGUUAUGUUCGCCUCGAUCCCGAACUUCUCCGAAUUCUACGUGGAACUGGAGGGCAAUAAUGAGGGAGUGGAGUGCCUCCGUCUCCUCAAUGAAAUCAUCGCCGACUUCGACGAGAUUCUCGCCGAGGAGCAGUUCAGAUACAUCGAGAAGAUCAAGAGCACUGGCGCUACGUAUAUGGCUGCAUCUGGCCUGACGGUUUCGACCAGCGAUCUCCGUGGCUACCGCCACGUUACCGCGAUGGCUGACUACGCUCUCCGCCUUCGUGAGCAGCUUCAGUAUGUCAACGAGCACUCGUUCAAUAGCUUCCGUAUCAGGAUCGGCAUUAACAUCGGCCCGGUGGUAGCGGGCGUGAUUGGCGCUCGCAAGCCACAGUAUGACAUCUGGGGCAACGCGGUCAACGUUGCGUCGCGAAUGGACUCUACUGGCGUACUGGACCACAUCCAGGUGACUCAAGAGGUGUAUGAAAUCUUGGCGAGCCGUGGCUACAAACUGCGAUGCAGGGGCACGGUUGACGUCAAGGGCAAGGGCAACAUGGUCACCUACUUCCUGGAGGGAGUUGGUGAGACCGUCCCCCCUGGAUGCAUGGAUAUUUACAGCAACCCCACACCAUCGACAUCUGGACAGAGUGGAAGCGGAGGGGGCGGUGGCGGUCGCCCCGACCACCACCCACUGGAGACGCUGUCGGAGGGAUGCACCGAUGAAGACGGUCCGUCACCGCGAGCGUCCAUUCCACGAGAGAACCAAAACGGCUCGAUGAGCCCACGUAUGCACAAUGGCUCGGCGUCGCGCGAGAGCCUCCCCAGCGAGGUUCACGCUCGCGCGCUGAAGCGCCUGGAGCGCCCGCAAUCCCUGGCCGACGAGCCCAACUUGGCCACCAUCAUCUCGAUGAUCAACUCCCGCGCGUAUUCCAGCAACUUCGAUCGAACAGACAGGAACUCCUCUCUCAGGAAUGUCAAGCGCACCGUCGUUGAGUCCCACAGCAGCGGUGAGAUCGAGGAGCUUCUAGAGGGCCGCGCCCCGCGCCGCGCUGCCAGCCUUGCUGACUUCCUUUUCAGGAGGAAGCAACCGCGAAACGACGUCGCCUCUGUCAACAUCAUCGCCAACCCAAUGAACGUCGUUUACGAUGCUGAGAACCCCGCCUCACUCGAUGAGACGUUUAUUAACUAAGCCAGCAUCUUUACCCGAUGUCGAGAUCCCAACUUCGCUAUUAUCUCGACCGACUCAAAAUGCAUGUCUUAAGUAUCGGCAUCCAAACAUUGCGUCUAUCAUUACGUCAUGAAUUGUUGUUCUUUUUUCCACUUUACUAAACAGAAAGAUCUAAGAUUGACGGAAUAAUAUAAUUUUUGCAGAUUCAUUGUUCUGAAAUGUGGAUACUUCGGAAAUGCGUUUUCAAGUAACACUGGAUUUGACAUUUUUUCUCCUGGAAAUGACACAAGAGACAGCGGCAAUGUUCGACUGCUGACUCGUCCGACGGGUUUGUUAACCUUUCAUCUGGAUCUGCCCACCGAUUGACUUUUUGAGAGAUUGAGCUUCACCAGACUUUGCCUUUUCAUGAAUCUGACGUAGUUUUCUCGGAUUAUACACAUACGAAUUUACUGAUAUUAGUUCUAAAGUAUGAAUGGAUAGAUUAAAGGUUGUGAUACCGCGGGUUGACAGUCCCGAUGACAUUGUCAAUUGGGUGCUUAGAGAAAUGAAAGCGUAUAAUAAGGUAAGUAGAUGAGAUUGUAUUUAAUCGGAUGCGGUGAAUGAAUUACAUUAAAAUUUCUUUUAGCCGGCUAAACCAAAUAGGACAACCACUCUGACUUGACAUUUUAAUUUAGGAAUUAAUCUUAACCACAUAAAUUAUAUCAUUAAGAUUUAAAAUUAGGUUAAUUAUCAGUAAUAUUUUAUCAAUUUUCGUAGAGCUUAUAAUAGCUAUUAGUAAUAUAACACUGAUCCAAAUACCAACCAUCAUCUUAGCCACUGCUGUCAAAUGAUUAGCAACAAUUUGAACAUUCUCCACAAGAGCUAGUUAAACUGCGUACCUUUCACUAACCACACCCUUGCGAUGUUUGUAUUUUUUCAUUACAUCCCUUCGUUUUUGUAGGAGAAACAAUUGUUUCAUUAGGAUUAAA